GAGACUAGACGGAGUUGUUGCGUUAUCUCCAAGUGCAGAGGCCAAGUAAACUGGAGCACAUCUCAAGACGAUAAGCUCAGAGAUUUCAAAGAGGACUUUAUUUGAGAUGUUCCUUACUCCCUCCACCUUGCACCUCCGCACACAUAUUUCACUUCUGCUGUGCGGCCCGGCUGUUACUUUGGGUUUUGCCGAAACAAAAGCGGAGAGGGCAGAGCAAAAUGCUAUUGAUAUCGCCGCGUCUCGAUUAGAAUCAAAGCCAACAUUUGUUUUUUUCAAAAGGGCGCUUCAAACAGGGAGGGGUUUGGUCGCGAAGUUCGCUGUCCACCACGCGCGCGCGCACACACACACACAGGCCGUUUUCCUGAAAAUUCCUCCUCCUUCCUCAUUCGCCGCUCCGUUGCUUUUAGUCUCAGCCUUCUGGGAUCUCCCCGUGGCUUGGCUUGCUGGAAGGAAAGAAGGGCGCUAGGACCCGGCGCGCCGGCCGGCAAGCUGCCGGCAGCCCAGGCAAUCCGCGAGACUCCUCCUCAUUUCCAGUGUCAAACUUGACAUCAGGCUGCGAGCGGAGCAUGGUAACUUCUCCUGCCAUCGGCGCGCUCACAAUCAGUGGCAUGCUCCGGGAAGAGAUGCAGCUCGCGCUGCCUUCUGCACCAGCCACAGCAUGGAUUGUCACUUCACCAGCCUCCUCUUCCUCCUCCUGGGAUCGACGCUCGGCUGCUUGGGAGAUCUGAGUCUUUACCCAACCAACGAAGUUAAUCUGCUAGAUUCAAAAGCAAUUCAAGGAGAGCUGGGCUGGAUCUCCUACCCAUCACAUGGGUGGGAAGAAAUAAGUGGUGUUGAUGAGAACUAUACUCCAAUCAGAACUUACCAAGUCUGCAAUGUCAUGGACCACAGUCAAAACAAUUGGUUAAGGACAAAUUGGAUACCACGAAAUUCUGCUCAGAAAAUUUAUGUGGAACUCAAAUUUACUCUGAGGGAUUGUAACAGUAUCCCUUUGGUUCUGGGCACCUGUAAGGAAACUUUUAAUUUGUAUUAUAUGGAAUCUGAUGAUGACCAUUCUGUCAAGUUCAGAGAACACCAGUUUACAAAGAUUGAUACCAUUGCUGCCGAUGAGAGCUUCACUCAGAUGGAUCUUGGGGAUCGGAUUCUUAAGCUCAAUACAGAAGUUCGUGAAGUAGGACCUGUGAGCAGGAAAGGAUUUUAUUUGGCUUUUCAAGAUGUGGGUGCAUGUGUGGCCUUAGUGUCAGUGCGAGUGUACUUCAAAAAAUGCCCUUUUACUAUAAAGAACCUGGCCAUGUUUCCAGAUACAAUACCUAUGGAUUCCCAGUCACUGGUGGAAGUGCGAGGCUCUUGUGUUAAUCAUUCCAAAGAGGAAGACCCACCCAAGAUGUACUGCAGUACCGAAGGAGAAUGGCUAGUACCCAUAGGGAAGUGCUUGUGUAAUGCCGGCUAUGAAGAAAGAGGCUACGCCUGCCAAGCUUGCCGACCAGGUUUUUAUAAAGCCUUUGCUGGUAAUGUUAAAUGCGCUAAAUGCCCACCUCAUAGUUCAACAAAUGUGGAAGGUUCUACAAACUGCAAGUGUGAGAAGAACUAUUUUCGAUCUGAAGGAGAUGUUCCAUCAAUGGCUUGCACAAGACCGCCUUCUGCUCCCAAAAAUGUUAUUUCUAAUAUUAAUGAGACCUCAGUCAUCCUAGAUUGGAGCUGGCCUUUGGACACAGGGGGCAGAAAGGAUGUCACUUUCAACAUUGUAUGCAAGAAAUGUGGAGGAACCAGCAAGCUCUGUGAACCAUGUAGCAAUAUUGUAAGAUUUCUUCCGCGUCAGAUGGGACUCACCAAUACCACUGUGACUGUAGUGGAUCUCUUGGCUCAUACAAAUUACACUUUUGAGAUAGACGCUGUUAAUGGAGUCUCUGAUUUAAGUACCUUGCCAAGACAAUUUGCUGCAGUCAGCAUUACAACCAAUCAAGCAGCUCCAUCACCUAUUACAGCAAUCAGAAAGGACCGGACUUCUAGAAACAGCAUCUCUCUGUCUUGGCAAGAACCUGAACACCCGAAUGGGAUCAUUUUGGAUUAUGAAGUCAAGUACUAUGAAAAGGAACAAGAAACAAGCUACACCAUUCUGAGAGCAAAAACUAUGAAUGUUACUAUUAAUGGCCUUAAGCCAGACACCACUUAUGUUUUCCAAAUCAGAGCCCGAACUGCUGCAGGAUAUGGGACCAACAGCCGCAAAUUUGAGUUUGAAACCAGUCCAGACUCUUUCUCCAUCUCCAGUGAGAAUAGCCAAGUUGUAAUGAUUGCUGUUUCAGCUGCGGUAGCAAUUAUUCUGCUCACAAUUGUGGUUUACAUUUUGAUUGGGAGAUUCUGCGGACAUAAUAAGUCAAAACAUGGGUCUGAUGAGAAGAGGCUGUAUUUUGGUAAUGGGCAUUUGAAGCUUCCAGGCCUCAGAACAUAUGUGGAUCCACAUACAUACGAAGAUCCCAAUCUGGCUGUUCAUGAAUUUGCCAGAGAACUGGAGGCUUCCAGCAUAGCUAUUGAUAAAGUCGUUGGGGCAGGUGAGUUUGGAGAAGUAUGUAGUGGCCGUCUAAGGCUUCCUUCCAAAAAGGAAAUAUCAGUUGCAAUAAAAACCCUGAAAGUUGGUUACACAGAGAAACAGAGAAGAGAUUUCCUUGGAGAAGCAAGCAUCAUGGGACAAUUUGAUCAUCCCAAUAUAAUCCGGUUAGAAGGCGUGGUCACCAAAAGUAAACCAGUCAUGAUUGUUACUGAAUAUAUGGAAAAUGGUUCUUUAGAUAGCUUUCUCAGGAAACAUGAUGCUCAAUUCACAGUCAUUCAGCUUGUAGGAAUGCUUCGAGGAAUUGCAUCUGGCAUGAAAUAUCUUUCCGAUAUGGGUUAUGUCCAUCGUGACCUUGCUGCCCGCAACAUACUCAUCAACAGUAACUUAGUAUGCAAAGUCUCUGAUUUUGGCCUCUCCCGCAUAUUGGAAGAUGAUCCAGAAGCUGCCUAUACAACAAGGGGAGGCAAGAUUCCAAUUCGUUGGACAUCUCCAGAAGCUAUUGCUUAUCGCAAAUUUACAUCAGCCAGUGACGCAUGGAGCUAUGGUAUUGUUCUUUGGGAAGUAAUGUCCUAUGGAGAGAGACCUUAUUGGGAAAUGUCUAAUCAAGAUGUAAUUAAAGCAGUGGAGGAAGGAUACCGUUUGCCACCACCCAUGGACUGUCCAGCUGCCUUAUAUCAGAUGAUGCUGGACUGUUGGCAAAAAGACAGAAACAACAGACCAAAGUUUGAACAGAUUGUCAGCAUCUUGGACAAGCUUAUCCGUAAUCCCAGCAGUUUAAAAAUUAUCACCAACGCAGCUGCAAGGCCAUCAAAUCUCCUACUGGACCAAAGUAGCAUUGAAAUCUCACCCUUCCGCUCAACAGGUGACUGGCUCAGUGGUAUUCGGAUAGGGCAAUGCAAAGACAUAUUCACAGGAGUGGAAUACAGUUCAUGUGAUACAAUAGCCAAUAUUUCCUCAGAUGACAUGAAGAAAGUUGGGGUGACGAUUGUUGGACCACAGAAAAAACUUAUUAGCAGUAUUAAAUCUCUGGAAAUACAUACAAAGAAUAGCCCUGUUCCUGUGUAAAUUACAAAAUGCCAGCAUUCAGGACCCAUCUGGAGAAAGUGAGAAAAAUUACUGAAAAAGGUCCUGAUAAUGUGUGGAAAAUUGUGAGACUUAAAAGGCACUGUUGCAACAAAAUGGGGCAAUUUGCAACAAACGUGAAAUUUCCAGCCCAUUAAAAGACUCAUAAAGUUGAGUUCAAUUGCCUUAAAAUAGGAAUGAAAAACUUAUUUUCUAUCUCUUAUUCUUGAAGGAGGGGUACUUCCUUAUAGUAAUAAUGGACUGCUCAAACAUAAAAUGCAUUUGGAAGAAGAAAAAAAAGUGUUUAAAAAGCUGUGUAACUUAAGCCAUUCAAAUAUUAAUAGACUGAAUAUCAUAAAAGGCAAAAGAAACAAUGGAUGUAAUACGGUGUUUGGAAUGACUGUCAACAGCAUUAAACAGUAUUUUUUUUAAUAUGCGGAAAGGAUAGGCACGUAGCAUUUUAUUUCUUUAAUUCCUGUAAGCAUAUUCGAGGAUGAUACCUCAGACUUGUCUAGCCAUAUCUGCAAUGAUAUCCUUGCAAUAUUUUGUUUUUGACUGUGGAUGGUAAAUCUGAAUGACAAUUGGUUGAAAAUGAAGGCAAUACUUCACAGAUACUUGUCCUGGGUGUGUUCUUUAAAAGCAAAACUUUUUAUAUAUAUAAAAUGCAUAUUUAUUUCCUUUAAAAAUGUUCCUCUUGUUUAUAUUUAUAUAGGUUUUGACUGGGAUUAAUGACUGCCAAAUGCCAAAUUUCUUCAAACUUUAGCUGUCAUCAAUAUUUAAGGGGGGGAAAGAUCAGUAAAACUCAUGUGAUUUUAUUCCUAAUAAAAAUUUCACUACAAAAGAACUGAUGUGCAUACAAGAAUGCUCACAAACUUAUAAUACAUCCUAUACAAAUAUGGAGAAUUUCAUGCACAACAUUUUUAACAUGGAACCAUAUAACAAUCUUAUUUCACAUGGGGAAUAUUCUUGGGGAACUAUUUAAUUGCAUGUACUUAAACGUUGCAGUAUUCAGCUAGUUUUGGAGUGUAUCAGAUGUUUAACUGUUUGAUGGAUUACUUGGUAGUAGAAUUCUUUGCUUAUGUUGCCCUAGGAUUAAAAAAAAAGAAAAGAUACUCUUAGGUGCUUCCAGACAAGGAUGUUCUUUUGUAGAAACAAUCCAAACAACAUCGUCUUCCAUUUGUUAGCUGGUUUUGUUAAUCAGAAUUUCUUCUAUUUUCUUUCUCAAUGGAAUACACAAUACACACACACACACACACACACACACAUACACAUAUAAUUACCUACCAUAUAUUUUGAUCAGUAACUAUAGAAGCUAUCUGUUGGAAAACAUUAUUUUCUCACUUUAAAUUACUGGUCACAAUAUAUGUGAAAUAAUGAUGUUAUUACAAGGCAGCAUGUGUAUGGUUAUAAAAUUUUAUUUAAAUGAAUUCCCAUCUUAUUCACGUCCUUUUGCUCUAUUUGGCCUUCUCUGAACAUCCUUUUUUAUGGUAACUAACAACAAUUAUUUUAAUGUAAUCCAAAACUUGCAGAAACUGUGAUAUCUAACGUAGUAUGUAAUCAUAUUUGAAAAUGGAUAAAGUAACAUUCAAAAUAUUAGUUAUACAUAGAAUGUCUUUGCUCAUUCUGUAAUUUUAAUAUCCCUCUAGUAUUUUUCAUGAUAUUCUGCUGGCCUUGAAAAGUACACAACAUCUUAAAAUGUUUUGAAAGGGCAUAACAGUUCUGAAAGAAAUUGAAUUGGAUUAAACUAAUAUUUUCAUACUAAUAAUGAUUCCUUCAUUCUUUUAAAAAAUUAUUCUUUAUGCCUUAUUGCAAACAUUCAAGCCAGUAAGAAAUAAAGUAAAAUAAAAAUAAUAGAAUUGUGCUUCUCAACAAUAACAUGUGGAAAAAUUAUCUUACAAUCAACUUUCAGUUCCUAUAAAAGAAAAAAAAGCUCAUCAAAAUUUCAAAAUAAAUUUAAGUUUUAGCUAUUUUUAAUUUUAUCACAGUAUCUAGUAAUGCCAGGGAACAUUAUUUUGAGUACGCUCAUUACUUGGAAUGGGUAUUGUAGUUUGUUCAGGAGAAUUGCUUCUUUUCCUCCUAAGAGGAUUUUUAAAAAGCUCUUAGUCUUCUCUUUCUUACAAUUUUUGUACUCCUGAAGGGCAUUCUAUAGCCCCCAUUUUCCCUAUCCCGUGUACAUAUGUAAACUUAGCAGUGUAAAAUUUUUAACUGUGGAGUAGAGGAAAUAGAAUUUUUGUGGCCAUCUUCCUGUACAGGACCUGCCUUUGAUUAUUUACAUCAAAAAAUUUAAAAAAACCACAGUCAUUACAAAUAAUAUGUAAUAAUUGAUUUUGUAUCUUAAAAAUAUUGUUUUAUGUGUAUUAUUUAUUUCUGUUAACAUAUAACAUAGUCUUUUCUGUACUUUAGAAUCCAAUAAUUCGAGAUGUAUAGAUGUAAUUGGAACUCACAAAUCUGAAUUUACUUUUAACAUUUAUUUCAAAGCAUUACUUACUCAGUUAGUUUAUUAUGUUGUGAAAUAUAGAUGGCCUAUUACUAAUGUAAAAUGAUUUGUAGUGGAAACAUUUAUAUUUUUAUAAUAAACAUAAUGAAAGUAUUUUUUACAUAUUGGAAUGCGGAGGUGAUUGUUUAAAACUUGCACAAGUUUUUAUGGUUUUGCAUUAAAUUUGCAGCAUCUGCUUAACUAAAUUUUUGAUUUAGGUUUGGCUUCAUUGCAUUAGAUGGUAAGAUUAAAUUACCAUAAGGUUAAAACUUCUGAAUGUUCUUACUUGAUCUCAAUUUUCAUAUCCAUGAAGAUGCUCCAUUGGGAAUUCCCCAGGAUAGAUGGCUAUUUGUAAAUCAUUCUUACUGCUAGAUUAGGGUCCAAUGGCUAUAGCCUCAAUAAUACAAAUCACAUUUAGGGGAAAUUAAGCCAAAGUCAAUCUUUGUUCCUAGUAAAAUAAUUUGGCUUCUACACUCUUUAAGCACAUUACUGUUUCUUCUACAACAUGAAUAUGUCACUCCUAACUGUGUAAAACUAAGAAUUUAUGGUGUCUUCAGAUAUGUUUUAUCUGAAGCAUAUCUGAAGGCACCAUGCAAAGAUAUACUGUAUAUUAAGUAAAGAAAUUAAAGCAUGAGAUAUGACAGUAGAAAGUUAACAGUUUAUCUUUUGUUUAGCCUUUUUACCAUACUUUUCUCUACCUUGCACCCUUUCCCUACCAAGAUUUUCUCUAACUAAAUUGCAGGUUUUAUAUGAAGGUUAUGACAUUAUCGUUGGCUUGUAUUUUGACUUCUACUUCUUUUUGGAAUUCCAAAGAAUCCAUUCAACAAAUGCUAUUCAACAAACCUUUGAUAGCUUUUAUACCUUGGCAAAUGUUUAGUUCGAGAAUUCAGAUGUUUGCUCCACCACUAAAUAUAACAACAUCGGUUUGGAGCAUUAAGGAAGUUUAAAUUUGAUCUUUGUUCAUGUGAAAUAUUAAUAUUGAGGGAUCUAAAUAAAAAUUUCAGGUAAGUCCUUUGUUUUCAGAAAUACUUGAGCAGAAAAUGUUAUCUAGUUGGGUAAUAAAAUGUCUACAAGAAAAUAACCAAACUCAGAGAGUACCAGCGACUCCACAAUUCAACCCUGAGCCACAUAUGUUUUCUUUUGUUGGUACUUGUUAUUUUAUCGCAUAUAUUUCUUAAAUGCUCAC